AUGGAUUAUAUGGAUGAUCCAGAACUCGGAAACCUUACAUUCGGAGAUUAUGUGGCCAUUAGCCCAGAAGGUUCGAUAGUGGCAACGUUCACCCAAGAGACCCGACAUGACUAUUCCAUAACAAUUAAAGAAUUGGCGACAAGCAAAGAAAAAAGAAUAACUUUUAAUUUGGAACGUGACGAUAAAACCAUUGGAUGGUCUUUAGCUGUUUCAGAUAUCAUUAAUAAUAAUGAAAUUGGCGUAGUUGCAAUAUCUUGUAUUACUGAAAAAGAUAUGAAACCAAAAAGAGAUGAGGAAAUUAAUAAAUAUCAAAUAUUAUUAAAAAUAAUUAUCAAUCAGAUAAAUAUGUUUUCUUAUUUUUUUGAUUAUGAUAAACAAUUUCGACUAUCCCAGGUUCCUAGCGAGGGGAUGACAAUGCUUUUCAAAUUUUCAUUUAACAAUAAUAACAAUUAUAAUGACACUAAUAAUAAUACAAAUAGUGACGCUAAUAGAAAUGAUAAUGAUAAUACCGUGAAAAAUUUUGGUGGGGUUGUUUGUUUUUUAAAAAAUUCUUCGAAUAGUGCAACACUUGUCUGUACGAAUUGUAUAAAAAUACAAAAGAAAGAGAUUAAAUUAAAUGAAUUAAACGAAUUAGACGUACGCGAAAAGGGUGGAUAUAUAUUACCUGAAAAUUUAUUUAAAGAAUUGGAAAAAUAUGAUGAUUCGAGAGGAGAUUUGAGCAAUCGGAAUAAUUGGAAAUAUCUUUUAAAAUCUAGAUUUCAGGAAUUUUUAAUGGUUGACACAAGCGAUUACCAACAAAUACAAAGUAUUGAAAUAUACAAUAUUGAUACUUCACAGUUAGUGAAUGUUUUUCACAGAAAUCGAGGAGAAAAAGAUUAUAUAAUUUCAAAAAACAAUGAACCCGGAAUUUUUGCAAUAUCAACUGAUUCAAAAUUAUUUGCUUAUUCUUAUGGAGACGACAACAUUACAAUUUAUUUGAUGGAAAGUGGUCUUGAGGUUGUUUCGAAAAAAUUUGAUAAUAUUCAUAAAAUUAAAUUUUUAGAAUUUAUUGAGAAAGAUGAAAAAUUUAUUCCAAUAAGACAUAAUGAUAGAAAUUAUCAUACUUUGACUAAAGCAAAUGGAAAAAUAGUUUUUCUUAAUCAUAAUAAUCAAGCUGAAAUUCUACCAAAAACAAUUAUAGAAAGAUCCACCUUUGGAGAAAAUGAUGUGACCGAUGAAUACGAGUAUAAUUCACAUGAUCUAGAACCAUGGAAUAAUAAUACAGAGACUAUUACACCUAUUCGUGGUAGAUUUCUUAAUAUAAAUGACAGAAAAUUUCUUCUUAUAAUUGGUCAAAAUAGUAUUCAAGUAUGGAAGUCAAAUUCCCAAAAUUUUAAAGAUUUUGAAGAUUUUAAAAAUUUUGAAAAUUCGAAUCUUGUUUACAUAUUAAUACAUGAUAAUCCAACUAAAUUUCAAAUAGAUGAUGACAUGACUACUGUUAUAACUAAUGCAUGUAAAUCACUUGCCUAUCUAUAUAACCGUACAAAAACUAGUAUUAACUCUAAGGAAAAAUGUGAAAAAUUUGUCAGUGGAAUCAUAACCAUUAUUAAGGACUUUAUCGAAGAAUAUCCUGAUAAUUGGAAACUUAUGGAAGUUCAAUAUCCUUUAAUGGCAUAUCUAAUUUAUUCACGUUCAUUUUCUUUAAUAAAAUACAUUCUGUUUGGAGUUGAGUCUAAAAAGAAAAAUACUGAUACGUACUUAAAAUCAGCUAAAGUUUUAGAUAAGGACUUAAAAUCAGCUAAUGAUUUAGACUUAGCUUUGAAAUUUUGCCAAGACCAAGAUGCUGUUAUGUUGGCAUAUCUAUUAGAAUAUUAUUCUGAGAAUUCCAUGGAUCAUAUUGGUUGGAUGAUUAAUGUUACAAAAAUUCUUCCAGAAUUAUCUAAACAUGAUUAUGCAAAUUAUAUGGAUUUAUUACUUUAUAAACCUUGUUUUGGAGAAAUGAAAUUCAAUUUUCCAAAUAAAACAUUUAAUUCGCUAUCGGUUAGCCAAGAUACAUUAAAAGUAUAUAUACCACUUACUCAGCUUAUCUCAACAGAUCAUUUGACUAUUUUGAAAUGCAUGAAGUACAAAAAAAUAAGAUACGAUAAAUUACCCGACAUUUGUAUGAUUCCACUACCAAAUUUUACAACUUAUGAUACAAAAAUAAAAGAUGAAACUGUUCAAGUAGGAGUACUUAGAACAUUAACUGGAAUUUUGCUCGGAUUGAGAAAUAUAAUAUUUCCACAUUUUUAUAAGAAUAAAGAUUUUAGCCCAUAUCUCCAAGUAGAAAAAAAUAUUGAUACAUUUUUUAGCAUUCCGGCCAUGGAAGCAGUUAUAAAUUCAAGAUGGAGUCAAACAAAACAAUAUUUGUUGAUAUCUUUAAUUUAUUACAUUAUAUUUUUAGUUUUAUUUUCUGUUCUUUCUUGGCUUUAUUUAAAUAAUGAUAUUAAUGAUAAAAAUAAGUACUAUUUUUUAAUUAUGAUCCUAAUAUUUUAUUAUUCUGGAAUAUAUUUAUUAUUAGUUGAAAUUAUACAAAUGAUAAAGUAUAAAGGCAAAUAUUUUACAUUAUUUAAUAUAUUUGACCUAUGUAGUGUCAUUUUAGGUAUGAUUAUAUUUUCUAUAAUUUUGGCAAAUUCAUUCAGUAGUAAAAUUAACGGGCUCAAUUAUGAAUGGAUGAUUUUCGCAACAUCAGUAACUGCCUUUUUACUUUGGAUUGAAAUGCUUUUAAGGUCAAGAUUAUUUUCAGAGAUAGCAAUAAAUAUAUAUAUUUUUGGAAAUAUUUUAGGAAAAAUUUUACCAUUUUUUGCAUUUAUGCUUAUUUUAAUUAUGGGAGUUGGGCAUUCAAUGUUUAUUCUUUUUGGAUUUUCAUCACUUGUUGAUUCACAACGGUCAAACUCGAGUUUUACAUUAAAAAACGGAACUGAUAAUUUUACUUUAACAGAAGAGACCCCUAAUAACCCUUUCGAUACACCAUUAGAUGCUAUACUUUCAGCAUACAAUUGGGAUUCAACUAAUUUACUUCCUUAUAAAUAUUGGGCAUUGCAAUUAUUAGCAUUCAUAGCGAGUGUUGUUAUAGUACUUAUAUUAUUAAACAUGAUUAUUGCAUUAAUGAAUGACACAUUUAAUAAGGCUAAAGAAGAUGGUAAACUUGGAUUAUUAAUAUUUAGAUCAGAACUUAUUAAUGAUUAUGAAAGACUUAACGUUGAUAAUCCUUUCUUUGGCGAAUCAUUAAAUGAUAAUUUACAAUCCCCAUAUAUUUGUUUCCGUCAAGAUCCUGACUUAAUGAAAAGAUGGAAGAAAAAAUCUAGAGAGCUUAAAACGAAAAAAUUAUAUUCAUGGUUUAAUGAAAGUGCUGAUAAAGAAAAGAUAACUUUUGACAUUAACCUUUGGUAUGAGGCACUUAUUUCUGGUAAUGAAGAUUAAGGAUAUUUGUAUCUAUAGCUUCUAGUU